AUGGGAAAGGAAACCCUGAGUAAUAUGGGCACCCUCAAAAAAAAACAGAAGCUGGACGAGGAGUUGCUCGAAAUAAUUAUUUAUAACAUAUUAUCGCUAACCAUUGUCAACGGCGAAUUAAGUAAAACCUCCGCGAAAAAUAAAGUAAUCGAUUCAAUCAUUGUAAAAAAUGUGGAUUACAUUCUGAACAACUGUUUUUUCCUCUCCUUGGGGAACAUUCAAAAAUUGCUUUUCGUGAUCGACUUGAUAUUGAACGAUGAGGGUGUGUACUACGAAUUUGGCAAAGUCCGCCAAAGGGAAAAUGCAGGAACUGGGAAAAAUGCGGAAAUUCUGAAAAUCGAGGAAGCUCCGAUCUGCAAAAGUAGCACAGUUGGCGCUGCUGGGGUGGGCACCAUGGAAAGCCGUAUCGCACGUGCCCCUGCAAACGAUGACUCGAGCGGCAAAGUCGAUUUCGAUAGAAUGCAAAGGCGUGCAAGGAAAGAGGCGCGGGUAAAUAGAACCGAUGCUACAAGCUUUACCGAUAGGUAUAGCCUGAACAAUUAUAUUAAGGACAUUUUCCUGUACAUAGAAGAAAAAAACAUCUAUCUUAGUUUAUUUCAUUUUAAUUAUAUAUUUAAAAAUAGCGCAGAUUACCAGCAGUUUUUCCUGCGAAGGUAUCAAAGUUACACGUUCAAGACGUUCUCCAGGGAUGUUAUGGCGUUAGCAGGGGGAGGAAAUGGGUCCAGGCGGCAAGCAGGGAAGCUCACCUUGAAGCGCACCCGCAACAGCGGCCAUUCUACAAGGGACCACACAAGUUCAGUCUCAGCAACCAGUAACGGUGCAACCACAACGCGUGGUGCAAAACGGACUAAUGCAGCAACAUUCAUUCCCGACAUCGCUAAGAAAGCAAACAAUGCAAAUGCUCAAAAUAGUAACAAUUAUAAAAGUGGGAACGAAUCGGAGGGGGGAAAUACGGAAUACGUUCCAUAUGACCUUAUAAGUAGAGAAAAGAUAAAAAAAUUAUAUAAAUAUAAAAAGCACAAAUGCAAACUGAUUGAGAACAAUAAUUUUGUAACUAAAAAAUCGUACAUACCUAUUAAUUUGUUUCCUAAUAAUAAUUUACACGUAAGUAAUAUAAAAUUUCAAACCCUAUCAUCAAGCAUACGUGUAAAGGUGCACUUGCUCAUUCUGUUCACCAACUUGAUCCUAAUUUUCGAUUUGUUUAACUCGUCCUUGUAUCCAUGGGUGUAUAAAUUUAUUUCUUUUCUUCUAAAUGUACUGAACAAUUUUAAUUGUAAAUUUUACUACUAUUUGGAUAAUUCAUCAUUACUGUCCCAUUUUAAUAAAGAAAAAUUGUUCAUACUUAAUAAGAGCACGUGGGAUCACAAAUUUGUAACAAAGGUGAGCGAUGUCAAUCGGGUUAGCAUCUCAAAUAGUGCAGAUAGCCUAACUGCAAAGGGGUCCUCCAUUUUAAAAAAAAUUGUGCAAAAAAAUGCCAAGAAGGAUAACAGAAUUAAUAUAAAUUUCCCCUAUACCAAUUGCGGUCAUAUUGAAAUCUACGAUAAUGACAAAAAGACGAAUGCGAAGAAACUUUAUUUCCACCACUUUGUUUCUGUUCAAAUUUUGAAAUACUACUCCGUUUUGUCCCUAUACGAGAUUGAGAACUUGUAUAAAGGCAUUUUAUCCUGUCUGCUCGGAGAUAUGUACAACAGGACGAUCACCGCUAUUUGCAUGUUCGAAAGGGAAGGAAACCACUACUCCGUUUCGCCCCCAAGUAGGAACAACACCCACUUUAAAAAUAAGUAUUUAAAAAACAACAACGUCGAUUUGUAUAGUUUAAUUGGAGAACUUGCCAAACUGAGAUGCAAUAACAGAAGUGAAGAGGUAGUUAUAAAUGCCCUACGAUAUCUUUAUCUGUUCGUUCUGUUUAAUUAUAUUACAAUUUUAAGGAAUUUUUCGAUCGUUCAUGAGGUUUUUGCGGAAGGAGAUCAAGCCCUUCCCUGUGCGGAGGGGGAGGAAGUCAAUGUGGAUAAUUACUUCGAUAGAAAAAACGUCAAUGCGGAUAACUGCUGCGAUGGAAAGAACACACAUAUGGAUGGAUGCCGAGAGGCCGCUGCUGCGAGGAAAAAUCGGGAGGCUCCACAACUCAGCGACGUGGCCAACCUAGCCAACCAAAUUAACUCGUUCGUAAGCGAGAACCACAUAAGGCUAGAACUGCAAGAAUUUUGCAAAGGCACCCAAGUGUCAGAGGGGGUAAAAACGAAUUCAUAUUUCAGGGGGAGUCUAAUUACAUUGCCGUUUUAUGUCAACCUGGGCGGGUGUCAGAUGAUAGACCAGGUUGGAAAAGUAGAAAAAUUGAAUCGGGUCAGCGAUGCUGUAAAUGAGUUCGAUGAUUGGUUCGCUAAUUGGCCCGCUAAUUGGUCCGCUAGUUGUCCCGCUAAUUGGUCCACUAGUUACCACGAAGAAAUCCCCCGGGGUGAGUACCCCCCCAAGGGGGAAGCAACGGGGCAAAAAAAAACGAUCCCCAUCGCGCACAAGUGCAAAAAGAUAAUACAAAAAAGAAUAACAAAAUUGUUAAGUAGAAAUCCCCAUUUGAUGUUCCAUUUCACUCGAUAUGCCCCCCUUUUUGCAAGCACCUUGGCUGAUAUACUAAAAAAGAAUAACUAUUUCCUGUACCAAAAUGAUAGCUACCGUUUUGCCGUCUGCAUCAAUUACCUUUACAUGCUUUACGAAGAAGUGAAUGAACAUGUCAUUCGAGAUUUGUAUGACAAAGUUAUCCUAGUUAUAAAAAAUGGGUUCUACACACAUAUUAGUAAAAUAAUCAUAAUAUAUAUUUUUUCCUUUUUUUUAAACAAAAAAUACAUUUUGAAUUUGUGCGAAAGGGGUAUUAAUCAGUUCUUUCCUUCUUUUUCCGACUCGAAAGAUUUAGCAAUUAUCAAGUAUUAUUUUGUUCUAAAAUUUGUGCACUAUAGGCCUAUACCUAUCAAGUUGGAACAGGUACACAAAAAUUUGUAUACCUAUCACAACUAUGCAGUCGUGGGGGAAACUACUAAGAAUGGAAACCCAUGGGGUAGUGAAUUUUCCCUUUGGAAGGACCACUCCUUAGGAAAGAUACCCUCACAAAAAAAUCCAUCAUGCAAGUGCACUUAUGAAGUAAGAACUGAAAGCACCCCUUUCGGAGAAGAACAAAGUAGUGACCAUGGAAGGAAUCGCCCCUUCGGUGCACAAUCACGAUGUUGUAAAAAACAAAUUAAGCAAAACUCACCUUUAGAGGAAAGGUCCAAUUUGGUAUGCACCAAUCAGUGGAAACGUGACUGCAACACAUGCGGAGAAAAAUUGCAAAAGACGAGGUUGCGCUUGAAGUUCGACCCCAGAGAAAGCAUUUCACAGUUAGGAGUGGCUAGCAGAAGAGAAGAAAAAGAAAAAGAAAAAAAAAACUCUAGUGAGAGAAGCCUGCAGUGUUAUAUAAACUCUCUUUGUCGUAAAAGAGCGAAUGUGAAUCACGCCAAAGGAACCAAAUCGAUUGACAAUCUCUCAAAAGAGUGUUCCAAACAUAGCAUCAGUAUUGAAAACCCAUUGGAAGAAGAUCACUCCGGGUACACUUCACCAGGCAAGAAGAAUUCGAUCCAUGAGAAAAAAAUAUACUUUCUUAUAUUCGCGUACCAUCUCUUAAAAUGCAGUAGUCAAUCUAGGGAGUCAAAGCAAAGGCUAAAGGUGGAACUGCUCCAUAUGCUAAUAUCCAACAUGAGCUCAGUUCACAUAAUCCAUUUUAUGUUACAUUAUUUGCAUGAGAAAAAAGAUUUGCAAUUAUUCUGCGCUAUCCAAAAUGGGGUGUUAAGUUGCUUAAUGAAAAUGAAGCCAAAUUAUAAGCUCAUCAAUUUUCUGGCAUUCUUUUUUUACCUGCUUAAAAUCAAAUAUACAAUAAGGCCAUUAUGA